AAUAUAAAGAUCUACAAAUUUAUAAUACAGUAUAAAGUUUACAAAAUGGAUUAUAAGUUGUAUGAGACCCUUAAUCGCCUACCCGGCUUAUUCGCCAUCGCAGCAACCAUGAUUUUUGGGAUCAUUAUAAUUUUCACAUUCAUUGUACGAAUUUUUCAAUUUCCUCACCUCCGUCAAAAGUAUUGGCAGUAUAACAAUACUCAAAGCAUUCCCACAAGGAUACUCAAGACGACCGUUUUCUUGCUCUUGGCUGCCGGUUUGUUAGGAGUCAUCUCAUACAAUGUUUACAAAAUGAAAAAUGAUCCACCAAAGUUAUUGGUGACGGUAGAAAGGAGCAAAGAACCUCCAUCUAUGCUUGUUUGCAAAUCCGAUGAUAUGACAUUUAUUACGGUCAGAUAUUAUGACAGUUUUAAUUCUUUUGUUAAUAAUCCUAAGCAAAACCUUGAUUUAAGCGGUGAUUUUAAACUUUUUCAAAGAGAAAGUGAUAGUAGUUGCACUUUCUUUAAUAGUACAUCGUCCUUAAUGACAAUAGAUAAUCCUGGAGGAUUCUAUCUCCUUGGUUUUACGAAAAUAUUAAAAAAGGUCUUAAAUGGUAUGAGUGGCAAUGCCAGCAUAAUUAGUAUUUACAUUGGUGACACCAACAAUGAGAUGGACUGGAGCUUACCUAUGCCUCAAGGGAACAAAUUUAGUGAUGUAGGGUUUCUACUUGCCAGUAGUAGUGGUAUUUUCCAAUAUACAGAAACUUGGCAUAAAGCUUUAAAUGGAAUAAAUGGAAUUACCUAUCGAGGUUUCCAAAUCAACUCUAUAGGAAAUUUUGAAUUUGAGGGAGUUUCUGUAGAUGAUAACUCUAUGCAGCCAACAAUAUGGAUUGGACUCAUCGCACCGACAACCGUAAUAACACAGGUUGAAAAGCCACCCCUCACACUAGCUGACCUUUUAAGUAAUGUCGGUGGUUACCUUUCCGUCUGGGCAAUUUUCGGCUUUCUCUUUGGUGUUAGAAAGGCAAACCCGUUCGGGUUUGUGUCGGGCUUUAUAUUCAUAAAUCAGGAUAGGGAGAAACUUCGUAAGGAAUUAGAUAGAAUGAAAAAUGAAAGGAGUUCAAAAUUAAGUAACUUGGAAAAAGGGGAAGAAGAUAAUACUACCGAAACGGAUGGUCUCUCCAAUCAAUCUGCUGAGCUAAGAAAUCUGCUUGCAAAAUACUAUGUCGAUAUGGAUUUCUACGAACAUGCGGUUAAGACACCUGACGUAUAAUUAUAAUAAAAUAUACAUAAAGUAUCAUAGAUAAAUUUUAUCUUUUGGGAAGUGCAUAGAAUAAUUUAUUGCAACACCAUUUUUUUAUAAAAUUCUUUUUUUGUAAUAUCAUAUGUAUUUAUUAAAAUAAAAUGUAUAUAUUAUGGAAUGAUCAUAUUAUUAAACUAAACUAAAUAAUGUGACACGCCCACUGUCGCCCGCCGUUUUUAUCUAUUGUAAUUUUAUUUUUCAUAUUUUCGUUUGAUUACUAUAUUCCAUAUAGACAAAUUUAACGUCAUGUGUCAUCGCACGUGGUUUGUAUUGUUAUCACCCUAUGCUUAAUGUGAAUUGGUUGUAAUUCGUCUACAAUGAGGAAAUAAUUAACAAGCACAAAAAAAUUACUCUAUCAAAUUUUUCUCGA